CCCGGUCCAUGUUUUUUGACGUCACACAACCAACAUGGCGAAGGCAAAACGUGGGAAUGCGACUUCAUCGUCGAAAAUGGCGGAUAACAGCGAUAAACAAGCAGAAAAGUUCAGUUUGAUGCUGGACUCCAGCGACGACGAGGCGCCCGAAGAGGUGACCUUUGAAGACUCGAAGACUCAGGCUUUACGGAGCAUGAAACAGGCGCUGGACACGGCCAGGAGGGAAAAGGAGCUGCUGAAAGAGAAGAGGAGGAAGAGACAGGAGCUGUUUCAGGAACAGAAGAAAAGGAAACUCUUACCGGCUGAUGUGUUGGAGGAAAUCGACCCCACGUCUUCAAAGAAGCCGAGACAAUCUGAAGAUGAAGCUGAAGAGGAGCAGCAGAAAGGAGAUGGAGAGAAGGAGCUGCGGAAGAAGAAAAAGAAGACGAGGGGGAAACUGGCACACUCUCGAAUUCUAAAGGGAAACUACACUGUGGCUACGUUGGAGGAGCGAUCGAUGGCGUCUUUCCAGCAGCAGGCGGCCGAAGAUUUCAUCCAGUCCAGACUGUACGGACCAGGGAGCUGCAGGACCACAAGUAACGAGCUGCUCUCCCUCCAGAACAAGAAGGGGUGGAAUAAAAGUGCAGCGGUGCAGUUUGUUAAAAAAGACUGGGCCUGUAAGGAAAAAGCCAAAGCAGAGAAGCUGAAGAAGAGGUGGAUCCACAAGCAGCACAUUUCCUCCUGCUGACCGGUCAUCACUAAAACCUCAGCCUUGGUCUGCAGACCUUUCUCUGCACCGGUCGCACACUGGAUUUAAAUGGACACCAGUCGUGGCCGACCGUCUGAAAUGCGGAGGAAGACGUUGUUUAAAUUUAGGCCGGGACACAGUGUGGAGUUAAUGUGGGAAUGGCAGCAGCCUCAAUCCCUCAGUUUAUCACCAGGACUCAGGCAAAAGAUAGAAACACUUUGUGUCCUGAGACUGACUGAUCAAGCUCUUUUCCACUGCCUAACAACCCUUAAACAGGGUUCUCAUAACCCGAUGCUUUUCCUUGUGUUUAUAAACAGAGAGUUUUCUUCACAUAUCAAUGUUUCAAUGUGUUUACAAACAGCAGGAAAUGUGGAAAUACAUUUGUUUCGGGCUUAUGGCAAAAUAUGCAUCUGUAAUGAUAAUUUUCUUAGAAAGUUCAUUACUUAGAUGUGAGAAUAGGAUGAUCUCCUUGUUUUCUGUUAAAUGACUUUAAUAAAUGUUUGUUAUUAGUGUCA